UUGUAAGCAAGCUGUUUAGGCAUCCCUGACUAUAUAAUUUAAGUGAUCUCUUUCGGUCUUUGUGGCUAAGGUUGUUUUUUCUUCUGAUUUUUAAAAACUAAAAUCGAAAUGGCGCUGAAUAAAAUGAGGCUUCACAGCCUUGCUGUUAUGCUUAUUUCGUGUGUGUGCAUCGGGGUUUUGGGAGGCAAAUAUUCAAGAGAAAUGAAUGAACCUAAACUCUCUGAUGGCAAGAGCCCAGUGGAAUUCAGGAUUGCCAAACUCAACCAAGUUUGGGAAAAAGCCAUCAGGAUGCAGCUGGCCCCGGUCAAGCAGGCGGAGCUGCACAGCGACCUGAAGAUCCAGGAGAAGGACGAGCUGCAGUGGAAGAAGCUGAAGGCCGAGGGCCUGGAUGAGAACGGGGAGAAGGAGGCCAAGCUGAGGCGCAACUUCAAUGUUAUUCUCGCCAAAUACGGAAUGGAUGGGAAGAAGGACACAAGAGGAUUAGACACCAAUAAUCUGAAAGACCACGAGAGCAAAGAUGGAGACAUCUUCGAUGACCCCAGGCUGGACAAACUGUGGAACAAGGCUAAAAACUCUGGAAAAUUUUCAGAGGAGGAGCUGCUGAGCCUUCGCCGAGAGUUCCAGCACCACAAGGAGAAGAUUCAGGAGUACAAUAUUGUGAUGGACACGCUCAGUAGGACUGAAGAGAUCCACAAGAACGUGAUCGACCCGUUGGACGGGGACGUUAAGGAGCACGUGCUCCACCAGAAGCACACCGAGCUCAAGGAGAAGAUGAGGAACCUCAACCAGGGGUUCGAGCGCCUGCGCAAGCUGAGCCACGAGGGCUUCAGCGAAGACAGCGAGUUCAAAGAACCCCGAGUGAUUGAGCUGUGGGAGAUGGCUAAGAGGGCCAACCUCAGCGAGGACGAGCUGGACUCUCUCAAGGAGGAGCUCAAGCACUUCGAGACCAAGGUGGAGAAGCACCAGCACUACCAGGAGCAGCUAGACCUAUCACACCAGAAGCUGAAGCAUGUGGAGGCACUGGGAGACAAGGAGCACAUCUUGAGGACCCAGGAAAAGUACAAGAGCCUGGCUGAGAAGACCCGAGAGAUGGGCUACAAGAUGAAGAAACACCUGCAGGACCUCACCAGCAAGAUCUCCCGCAAUGGACUCAAUCACAAUGAGCUCUGAGGAAUUGGUCCGCUCUGCUAACAGCUUCUUGCCGUUUCCACGGUUCCAAAACGAGCUGCGCAUCUGGGUUUGUAAUUGCAUCAGAAGGGGAGUGCAAACUAAAUCUCUGCAAGAGGCUAAAUCAUUAUAGGCUGCCAAUAAGAACUCGGUGUUCUUUUUUUUCUAUUCCCAUUUUUCACAUUUGCAACUGAAAUCUGUGUGAGAACCAGACUGCACUGCACUACAUUGCUUGUUUAAAAUCGCUGAUUCAUUUGUAUAUUUGUUAAUCAUAUUUUAAAUGAUUGACUUCACAGCUGUUUUUGCUUUAAUGUUUUGUACCUCAUUUGUGUUUGAUGUAGUUGGAACUAAGACUGGUGUAUAAGGAUUGCAUGAUGCAUCAUUUUCUUAUGCGCAGCAAUAAUGAAGGCGAGUGGUCUGUGCCGGCCAGUGUUUCCUCUGAUGAGUCCCUGAAAGCUUUAGGGUUUCAUCCAUCUUCCACGCUGAUGGAAAGCCAUUUCCAUUACUCACUGGACCACUUCAGGUACUCUGCCCAUUCCUGUAGACUUGGGUCAUUUCAGCACUGAUACGACAGGAAACAUCUCAAUCAUCGGUGUCACAUUCCAAAUUAAGAAAAUUAAUCUUCCGCUAAAAAAUUGCACAUUUCCACCCUGAAGUAGGAGAAUGUUAUGUGUUGUAACGACAUGAAGAAUUUAAAUCGAUCAGGAUUUUAAUGUAGGUUGAGGUGUUAGCUUAACCUGUAUGUUGUUUGUGAAUGGUCACCUUUUCUAACAAUGGUACCUUUUCAAGUGCUGAUUGUAUUGCAUCCUGCCAUUUCUAUAAUAAAAACA